AGAUUCAGUUCUCCGCCGGCCCUGUUGGAAUGACGAACUUGGAGGAAGAGAUCGACUCCGGUGUUUCAUUUUCCAGUUUCGUGGGUGUAGCACUGGGCAGCCAGGUGCGGCCAUGGUGACCAAAUGAAGUGCUUCCUUUCGAGGAAGAAAUGGACGCCUGGAGAAUCCAGAUUCAAGCCGCAAGGAAAUUGGGUCAGAUUACGACCCGACCCGAUUCAGGCAGUUCUCCAUUUGGAGAGCAGACGAGACAUGGCGAAUGCUUAUGAGUCUACCUCGGAUUCACUCCAAUUCCAGCUGCCGUUCGAUGUAGAAAGACCUCAAUUCGAGGUUCUGUGCCCGGUUCGCAAGUUGGUGGAAUGUCGAGAGGAUCUCUCGCCCGAGGCUCUGCUCCGUUCAUUGGAAGCAAAUGAGAGUGCCGCUGGAGUUCCUGCCCGAAGUGUUGCUGCUCCCCGGAGUGUUGCUGCCGGAGUUUUCUUCCCGAGCAGCCUGCUUGAGUUUUAUUCUGCCCGAUCUACCCGCUGGGUAGUUAAUUCGAGAGAGCAAAUCUGCGCACACGGCGAUGAGGACCCAAACAUCAGAGCAUACUCGAGGUAACCAUCCCGGUCACCCAUCUCCAAUCCCGGUCAAACAUUGGGGUUGGGAAUUUGAGGUCCCAAUCAGACCCCAACCCAAGAAAUCAGACAAAGUCAAUUAAAUCAACGGAGAACUCUUGAAUUCGAGCUCGGAAUUCAGCAAGUGGAGGUGCAGUUGACAGUCGACGGCAUGGGAGGUUUCUUCGGUGAUGGGUUUUGGAUGUCACCGGCAACCAGUCACCAUAGUGCUCUGCGCUCUAGCUCAUCAAGUCAGGUAUGGCCGAGUACGUGACCAUUUCCAGGGGCCGAGUUUACAAUUUUU